ACAUCAGCGAAUUGAAUGAAGCGCAGGUUUGUUGGAGACUGUUGGAAAGAAAGAAGUCAAAUAUAAAUAAAAACCCUACAAAAGUACGUUUGCCUUUCUAUCGAUUUAACUAGUAAAAUGUCACAUUUACCAGCUUAUACUGGGCAUGCCCGGCAAUCGCAUCUAAAAUAGCCCCCUUCGGCCUGUCUUGCCCGGUGAACGCGACUCGAAACUUUUCCCCCCAAGGAUUUAUGGUCGUAACAAUAAAACAACGGAUAUUAUGGUAGGUGAAGAGGGCUCUUCUGACCAUAAUGGAUCAGAAGAUAAUGUACGCGUUCAGGGGGUGGAUCGCCUUUGUCGCAUUCAUGGAUCUCGGCGUCGCAGUGCGUUCUUUCAUUGAAAAGAAGUGCAUCUUGGGGGAGUACUCGUUCACGAAAACCGACGGCCUUUUAGAACAAGAUGAUCCAACCUUGCCCAGAGUCCUCGGCAUGUACUCAAUCCUCAAAGCCAUCGCGCUUAUUCAUUGCACCGUCUUCAUCCACUACAUCCCUGUUAUUAGCAUGGGAAUAUGCUCGAUUCUUCUUACAGUACUGAUGUAUUUGUCCGAAGCGUUGUAUUUUCAAUCUGCUACGUUGAAUUUCUAUAUUGUCUUCCCUUGUGUCUUAAACUGUUUGACGAUGAUUGGACUAUUCAUUGUACCGAAAAAGUAUUUAAAUGCGCCUACUGUCGCUGAGGAUGAAAAUGCUGAGCUUUUGCGACAAGCCACAGCUUUUAAGAAGAGGAAGCAGCCAAGGAAAAUUAGUUAAUCGAAUUUAAAAAGCUUUAUUAUUGACUUUUAAUAUUGUGAUAAUCCUUAUUAGUCAAUAUUUCAAGUGAUCAAAAAAAUGUUUAAUUACAUUUUUAAAUUUUUGCACAAUAACAUAGUUUUUACUUACUAGCGACAAUAUAGAAAUAACUUUUUAAUAGUGUAUUUAAUAUUAUAAACUUUUGCACUAGUAUGUGCUAUGAUGCUCUCAAGUAUUUUAGAAAAAAUAAGUGUUAAAUUAAUUUUAAUAAAAACUUAAUACACCAGUCACCACCUAUAUUUAUUAAACAACUUUAAUGCAUUAAUUUAUUGCAUUGCCUAAUUCUCGUACCUCCUUACUUUUGCUGCUGUAUCAUCGAUUGGAUGGGAUGAAAGACUAGGAAUGAGGUAAGAUGGUCCCAUAUAUUUAUAUACAAAACUUCAUACAUGAAAGGUAACCUUACAUGAACUUAUUCAAAAGAUUUACUAUUAUGUAACAUUCUUAUAUAAUAUAUUGUAAUAUGUACUAUACCGAUACCUGUGGGUAGCAGUACAUCAUCUGAACAUACAUCACAAUAAAAAAGGAAUAAUGAAACAAUAAAUAUAUAUAUGUAUAUUUUAAAGAAUAACACUGGCUACAAUAAAUCACAAUAAAUACAAAUUAUACAUAUGAUAAAUUAAAUUAUAAUGAUAAUUUGAAAAUACUUUUGUAAAAUUUUUUUUGUUCAAAAAGUCUAGGAUCACAUUAUUUUCACAAAUGCCUUGAUCACAAUAGUUUUGUUUUUUCUCUUACCUUAUUUGUUUUAUUUUUGUUGGUUUUUCCAAAAUAAUUGACAGGUGUUUUUAUCUUUCAAAAUAUCAUAUUUGUGAGUGCGCUUUGUUUUGUAAUAUCAUAUUCAAUAUACAGGUGAUAUUUCUUUUUAAUUAUCCAGCCUUGAAUUCAAAAGCAUGCUAAUUACUAAAA